AAUUAGAAGUGUUUAAAGUAUAUUCAUUGCAUGUAAAAUAUAUCGGCAUGCGAUGACGUCACAUCCGGUUUCGCCGCGUCUUGUGGGAAAACACCGGUUUGAAAUUAGCGCGAGGGUGGGGGCUUUCCACGAGGCUCACCUGAGCACAAGCAGUUUUGCAGGCAUGAGAAAUCACAGUGAGAGCAACGCUUUUUCACCAUAUGUUAAUGUGAAGAGUGAACAGUAAAUGGUUAAUCUUACUGCGAUCUGGUUCUUAUUAACUGUGGUUUAUCCGGACGUUAAAUUCGGCGUUUCGUUACACCCGAAGGAGAACGUGACAGUGAAAAAGCGGCAUUAUCAGGUGUUUCAAGUGCUGCAAUGUCAGCUCAAUCCAGCAUCAAGUCGACGCCGCCCAGCGACAAGGGCAGUAAACCGACAUCAAGUAAGCCCACCCAGGCGUUAUCAGGUGUUCCAAGUGCUGCAAUGUCAGCUCGAUCCGGGAUCAAGUCGAUGGCGCCCAGCGACAAGGGCAGUAGAACGACAUCAAGUAAGUCCGCACAGGCAAGAGCCAAGGCAGAAGCCGCCAAGGUGCGACUGCAUUACGCCAAACAAGAGGCAGUUUUGAAAAUGAAACUGGCCACCAAAGAAGCCGAAAGGGCCGCCAGACAAAGAGAAGAGGCUGCCAGACAAAGAGAAGAGGCCGCCAGAGAAGCCGAAACCCAGUUGGAAAUGGCAAAAAUAUCGACAGAGUUGCAUGUGCUGCAGCUAGAAGGAGAAGGAGAAGCUGCCAGGGUGGAAGCAAAGUACAUAGAACAAGCUGAAGGGUCGCGUGAUCUGACCGAAGUAAGAUCUACUUUAGAAAGGACCAGACUGGAACGCACAAGCGACUAUGUACAAUAUCAAAUAGACAGGCAGGCUCGUCUCCCCUCUCCAUACGUAUUCGAUAACUUCCCCAGCUACGAGGAACCUCAGAGAGUCACGAUUGCAUCACAUCCAUACGAGGAAGGAAAUUUACCCUCACGGCUCCGUGAUGAAGUCAAGAAUGAAAGAACCGACAACGCUCCUUCACCCCCACAACAGGACGGCGGGGAGGGAGAGGUUCACUCCAGGACAACAAUUGUCAGCUCGAACUGUACAGAAGUUUGCGGUCAAACUCAGUCAAGCCGUUCUUGUUCCGAGAUCUGCCUCACUGAGGUGUACCCUAAAGAAGCACAACAAGACAUUACCAAGCGUAAAGUAACCGACGAGACGCUAGGUCAGUCAGUUUUCGUUCAAACCGAGCACGGAAACAAACUUGCACAAUCAGCUCAAGAUACCAUUUCUUUAAAACCCAAAGACACCAAGGUCUUCAGAGAUGAAGCAAAUAAUGGGGUUGCCCCAUUGCCUAUCAGAGAACCAUGCCAGCGCUCACCAGAUAACAAAGAGCAGGCAGUCAAACGGUUCACGUCCUUACGGAAAACCUGGAAAAGGAAACCUGAGAUACAGCAACGCACCCGAUUGGCCCACGAGGUACUGUGCACCCUAAUGGCAGAGGUCACAGCCAUUAUAAACGCACAAUCAUUCCUACCUGUGUCUUCUGACCCAGAAAACCCCUUUAUACUUUCGCCAUCAACGCUCCUUACGCAGAAGGCAGGAGCACCUCCUCCACCAGGAGACUUCUCAGACAAGGAUUUGUACACAAAGCAAUGGAGACAAGUCCAGGCUCUGGCAAAUCAGUUCUGGCCUCGCUGGAGACAAAAAUAUCUACCUUUGUUGCAACAGAGACAAAAGUGGACAGAACCCCGAAGGAAUCUUCAAGUUGAAGACUUAGUCCUGCUCAGGGACAAGCAAGUCGCUCGCAACAGCUGGCCAACGGCCAGAAUCACUGCUACAUUCCCUAGCGGGGAUGGACAUGUCAGGAAGAUCGAAUUGAAGACUACCGACCAAGGCGAUGUGAAAAUUUACCAAGGGCCGGUUACAGAAGUUAUUCUACUUCUACCCAAUGACUGAUUAAGAGACUAAGUUUGUACUCUG